AUGGUUGGCGAAAAGCACAACGUGGCUACGACGCUGAAUUAUUGGGACGACCCCGGCGAUGGCUCCAAGCCCACACCCAUUUUCAUCGGCAAGGGCAGGAUCAGCAACAAACGGCCGCACAAGGCGCACAAGUUUGUCAUAUCAGACAUCAGCGGCGAGGAGGACCAGUACACCCUCGACCAACACGGCUUUCAGUAUCUGCACCACGCCAGCAUCGAGGAAGCCUUUGCCGACGAGGAGCGGAUCAAGGCGGCCUACUACGAAGAGUGCAAGCAGCUUCUCACGUCUGCGACGGGCGCGCGCAUGGUCCACAUCUUCAACCACAAGGUGCGCAGGGGGCCGACGCAGUGGCAUCACCUCGGCCUAAAGAAUCUCGCGAAUCGCGGUCCCGUCACCAGGACGCACGUCGACCAGUCGUACGACGGCGCCGAGCGGCGCCUGCGGUGGGAGUUCCCCUCGCGCGAAGAGGCAGACGAGCUCGUAAAACGCCGCUACCAAAUCAUCAACAUCUGGCGACCCAUCGAGCCCAUCUUCAAGGACCCCAUCGCCGUGGCGGCGGCACCGUCCGUGCCCGACGCGGACCUGGCAGGCGCCGAGAUGACGGAGGACGGGUUCGUCGGCGAGUCGUGGGUUGUACGGCACAAUCCGGAGCACAGAUGGUUUUACAAGCACGGCAUGACGCCGCGAGACGUGCUGCUCAUCAAAUGCUUCGAUUCGGACGAGGGUGUCGCGAGGCGGGCGCUGCAUUCAGCGUUUGAGGACCCUGCGUACGCCACACGCGAGUCUCGACAAAGCAUCGAGGUCAGGGCCCUGGUCUGCUACUGA